AUGCUUCUAAUUCUAAAAUGUAAUGGAUAUCGGUCACUUGCGAAAUUAAAAAUCAAAAUAACUGAUGUCUAUGUCUACAUAAAUGUGAAAUUUUGUGUCGUGAAAUAUCUUGAGCCUUCGUCAGAAAAUCUUAGAUCAGAAUUCCUAAAAAACCCCAAGAUAUGUUUGGUAUUACGAAGACCUAUAAUUAUUACAGAGCAUCUUCGAGAAUUGAAAUUGAAUAAAAUCAUAACUUUAAGUAUCUUUUUGCAUUGA